UUUUUACUUGUAUUUUUUUUUUUCUUUCUUUCUUCUUUCUCAUCAUGACUAAAACUUCUUCAAGCAAACAAAAAAUGGCAAAAAAGCAAAGCAAGAAGAAGCAAAAUACCGUUCAUCCCUAUCUUGAGUGUAUUCAAGGUGAAAUCGCCUCACUCCAAGAAGAAAUACAUGCCAUUGAAGAACUGAAAAACACAAGAGACCUGACCGAUGAAGAACAGUUAGAUUUAACGAUUAAGAAGGCAUGUCUUGAACGAUACCAAGCUACCUUAACUCAACUUACGGGACAAAGCAUGAUAAAUAAAGCGAAUGCACAUACAACAGUGGCAACUAAUAUAGCUUUAGAAAAUCGACAAAGAGAAACCAUGUCAUUCUUACAACUAAUGUAUUUGAUGAGACUUGGACAACUUGGACUUUAUGACUGUAUCGAUCAAGCUCCUUCUUUAGACACGGUUGCAAAUCUGUGUGAUCAAAUUAUUGGCGCCGCAGUUUAUUACGCAAAAGAAUCGUCACCACAAAUCAAGGAUCAAAAAAGACUAAAGGUACACGAACUUUUACGAAAAUGGGAUCAGGCUUCAAAUGAUGUGAUCGAUGACACCGUGGACGAUGGAACUACCUUUAAACAACUCAGAGACUUUUUACAACAUAUCUGGGAUAACUCAAGGGAAAUCAAAAAUACAUCAAACCAUCGUCACCAUCAAAACAACUCUGAAAAAACAUAUGCAGUGCUUCAAUUUGAAGGCAUGAUUCCAAAAGAACCAGCCCAUGAUGAUGUGCCAAAGACAAAUGUUUCGGAUUCAGAAUCACAUGUAGAGACAAAUACAACGUGUGAUCCAUCGAGUCAAGCUAAUGCGCCUGAAAACAGAGAGACUUCAAAGACAUCUGAUCACAGCGAGACUUUAAAGACACCUGAGACACCGGAGAGCGAAAAUGCGGAAAAAACUCCAUCAGAAGCCAGUGAUCUCAACUCCUCAGAAAUCAAUACUAGCGAAGCAUCGAGAAACGAAUCAAGGGAACAUGUUGAGGAUGAAGUAUUGUCAGUAGCCAGCAAUAAUUCUGAUAGAAACGGAAAAUCACGAAGCAAAGAGAGCAAUAAAAAGGCAGAACCUAAAAGUGAAUCAUGGGAAGACUCGCACAAGUCUGGAAAGAACGACUGGAAUAAGCAUGGCUGGAAAUCAAUUGACAACAGCGUGAAAGGGCAAAGCUGGAAUAAUGCAGACUCCCAACAUAGUGAAAAGGUGAUAGAAGACGAAAACAGACCUACGCAAUCAUCGGAAUCACCUGUCAUAGAACCUGUCAAUCCAGCUGAUGAGAAUGUAGAGGCUACUGAAUCAAAGCCAUAUGUUGACUCAAAUGAAAAUGAUGAUUGGAGACGAAGAGAUGAAAAUAGUGUCGGACGUGGUCGUGGUCGUGGACGUGGAUCUCGUGGACGAGGAAAGUUUACAGACAGAGGAAGAGGAAGGGGUGGUCCUAGAGGACGUGGUAGGGGUAGAGUAAGAGACUAUGAUGAGGAUUACAACCGUCACUAUGAACCCACACCCCAACCACAGGAAUAAUCUUUUUUUUUUUUUUUUUUGUCCGAAUAAUAUUAUAAUGUAUACACAAAUGCACAAACAAUGAUAAAAAUCCCCUUUAUUUGAUAAACCAGUCAUACCUUACGUUAAUUGCUAUUAUCCAGACCGUAAAUUCUUCUUUUUCUCUCUAGUUUCGUUUUUUUCUAUAUAACCAAAUAAAAGGAAAUGGGAGAACCGCUUAUAAGACAGA